AUGGCGGUCCUUGUUGAGACUACCCUGGGAGAUCUCGUAAUUGACUUAUAUGUAAAGGAACGACCAAAAUGUUCGCUCAAUUUUCUAAAACUUUGCAAGAUGAAGUACUACAAUCUUUGUCAGUUCCACACAAUUGAGCAAAACUACGUUGCCCAGACGGGUGAUCCGACAGGAACUGGAAGAGGCGGAGAGUCUAUAUUCUCGAAUCUGUAUGGAGAACAAGGACGAUAUUUCGAAAAAGAGGAUCUGCCAAAGAUGAAACAUACACGAUUAGGCAUAGUUUCCUUUGUAAAUAAUGGCAACAAUAUGCUCGGGAGCCAGUUUUUCAUUACUUUGGGAGAAGCGUUGGACUAUCUCGACGACAAACAUACAAUAUUUGGGCAAGUUACAGAAGGUUUGGACACUUUGGAGAGGUUUAACGACCAGUUAUGUGACCACGAGCACAGGCCUUACAGAGAUAUUAGAAUUGCUCAUACAAUUGUUCUUGACGAUCCUUUUGAAGAUCCUAAAAGAUUGGAAUAUCCUCGCAGAUCGCCAUCUCCUACUUUUGAAAUGCUUGUCAAGACCGACAAAAUCGCUCUUGACGAAAACAUUGACGAUUAUGAAGGAAAAACUGCAGAAGAAAUAGCAGAAGAAAUCAAAAAACGUGACAUGGCUGAGCAGGCACAGAUUCUUGAGAUGGUUGGCGAUCUAAAACAUGCUGAUGAGGCACCACCCGAUAAUGUACUCUUCGUUUGCAAAUUAAAUCCGGUGACAACGGAUGAGGAUUUGGAAAUAAUUUUCAGUCGAUUUGGAAAAAUCAUCAAGUGUGAGGUGAUUCGAGAUCGUCGUACGCAACAGUCCCUACAGUAUGCUUUUAUUGAAUUCGAAGAUCCUAAGAGCUGCGAGCAAGCGUUCUUCAAAAUGGACAACGUAUUGAUUGACGAUAGGCGUAUUCAUGUGGAUUUCUCACAAUCAGUUGCUAAACUGCAUCAGUGGGACAGAGAAGGAAAAAGUGCUGAUCGGUCUGAGGAUAAAAGAGAGACAGAAAAAAGGAACGAUAAGCUCCGCCGAUCGCCUAGAAGAAGAGAUAACUCUCCAAGAAGGACCGUAGCGGAUGAAGAACGACGAAACGAAAAACGUCAAGAGCAAAGACUAUCUCCUGUACGCAGAACGGAUCGAAGCCCAGAAAGAAAACGAAGAGAGCGAUCACGAAGCAGAGAUAAUGUACCACAAAAAUACCGUAAAGAUAGAAACCUUGAAAAAUCUAGUGGAAGAAGAUCCAGAAGCAAAGAACGGUCGUCUAGAAGAGAUGAUAGAUCGAAAAGCAGAGAAAAGACACGGGAAAAACAGAGAAAAAAUAGAAGGUCAAGCAGUAGAGAGAAUCGAAGGAGCAAGGAACGAAGUCCAAACCCGGAACGAAGAACGAAUCGAUCAGGCGAUCGUAGUAGAUCACAUUCUCCAUCUCGAAAAAAGCAUCGAAAAUGA